UAACAUCCACACACACAACACAAGACACCAAAUAUCAUCAUUUAUCUUUUUCUCUCUUGUUCAGUUCCAUGUCCUGUUUUUCUUUUCGUCAAUGGAAAAAACCGAACCCUUUCUUCUGAUCAACCGUCAAAAUUUACAACCCUUCAUUUCUUCCAAAUCCUUCAACGACAUAGCCACCCUACAACAACAACAACAACAACCACCACCACAAUCAUCUGAGAUACAAUCCAUCAACUUCACUCCACAACAACAAUCAUUUUCUCAUCACAAACAAAAAAAACUCAGCCGCUGCAAAACAGCACCAGCUAUGUUCAUUCUCCCACACCUUAAACCCAUCAAUGACCAACCUCAACUUCCCAAACCUCAAACCAAUUCCAUCAUUCGACAAGGCAUUUGGCUUCUCCUUAUAUACCUCUCUGUCGGUGUCAUAAUAUACUCUUUCAACACAAAAAAUUUCUCUGGCAUUGAAACUCACCCUGUUGUUGAUGCUCUUUAUUUUUGUAUAGUCACCAUGUGUACAAUUGGUUAUGGAGACAUAGCUCCUUUAACACCAAUGACUAAACUCUUUGCUUGUGUUUUUGUUUUAGUGGGUUUUGGAUUCAUAGAUAUACUCUUAAGUGGACUUGUUAAUUUUGUUUUGGAUUUGCAAGAGAAUACGAUUUUAACCGGGCUUCAAAUGGGUGCUAGAGAAGGGUUUACUGCUAGGGAUUAUAUAGUUGAUGUUGCAAAAGGUAGGAUGAGAAUUAGGUUGAAGGUUGGUUUAGCACUUGGUGUUGUGGUUUUAUGUAUUGGUGUUGGGAGUUUGGUUUUGUGUUUUGUUGAGGGUUUGGAUUGGGUUGAUUCUAUUUAUUUGGCUGUUAUGUCUGUUACAACGGUUGGUUAUGGUGAUAGAGCUUUUAAGACACUUCCGGGACGAUUGUUUGCGGCGAUUUGGUUGUUGUUUUCUACUUUGAUGGUUGCAAGGGCUUUUCUUUAUUUAGCUGAAGCUAGAAUUGAUAGAAGACAUAGGAGAUUGGCUAAGAAGGUUUUGCAUAGAGAAAUUACUAUUGAAGAUUGGCUUGCUGCUGAUAUCAACAAUACUGGUUUUAUUAGUAAGUCAGAAUAUGUGAUUUUCAAGCUGAAAGAGAUGGGUAAAAUACAAGACAAAGAUGUAAUGCAAAUUUGUGAUCAGUUCAGGAAGCUUGACCCCUCUAACUGUGGGAAGAUAACAUUACCUCAUCUCUUGGAGGGUAGGUCGUGACAGAAAUUUUUUACAUUUAAUUGUUUUAGUGCAAAAGCUAGUGGUGAAGCAUAAUCAAUUGUGCAAAAAAUCAGCAAAAUGUACAUGAAUUGUUGGGAGAAAGAUUUUGUACAGAAAUUAGAAUUGUUGGAAUUAGAAUGAAGAAUGUUACUAGAAGAUGGAGAGAAAGAGACCUAUCAUGAAUAUAUACCAGGAACAUUAUUUCA